AUGUCUGACGCUGGCUCCGACGAGGAGCUGGAGAUUCCCACACCGAUGAUGGAGCAGGGGAGUCACGACGGGAGUAUCAGAAAGGUGAGCGAUACGCAGUUGUAGCUAGAAAAACACGAUACUGUACCAACACACGUUUAUAUUGAAGUACAUUUUCCAUUGGGACGUGUAUCUGUUAUGAACAGGACAAUAAUGUUUUGGCCUAAUUGUCAGAUUCAUAGUGCAAUACGGCAUAGGUGUUCCACAUUAUCAAUACCAUAUGAAGUGCACCAUUGAAAGUGAUGUAUAAUUGACACACAUUGCAUACACAAAGUUUCAUUACUGAACUGAUUACAUAUUCAUUGAGGGCUAUCCUGGUCCUGCAUUGAGUUGCCAUUAUGUUGAUAAACCUUUGGUGACUUAGUGGUGGGGGGGUCUGCUGUUGCAUCAUGAGGGGUAGAUUGUGGCAGGAUGCUGUCCAGGGGGAGAUAUGGUACUGAUGGCAUGUUGCUGGGAGAGCCUAGUUACCCCCUUCCACCCCCUGCUGUCCCCCGGCCGGGGGUACACUCUUAUAAAAUAUGUGUUAUUUAGCACAUCUGUGUGUCUUGUUAGGGUUGACACAUGUUGUGAACUUUUAACACAAUCAGUGUGUUGGUACAACAUGAUUUGUGUACAUUUUUUCAACACAUUUUGUGUCAGGUCCUGCAAUUUAUGUGUUAAAAGCUGAAAACCAUAAAACACACCCUAGAUGUGUUUGAUUAUUGACCAAUUACAUUGCGGCUCCGGAGUCAUCAUGCAUCAAGGAGUGCUUGGUCUGAGCUGACGCUGGAGCUAGAUGACUGUAGCAUGGCUAUGGCUGAGCUGGGACUGGAGGCAGGGGGCUGAAGCAUGGCUAGGCUAGCACCUUAAUCCCUACAAGCACUGAGGAUUAAUGGGCGCACACUCACAAAACAAUCACCUCACUAAGAGAGAGGGGUGAGAGAGCGAGGGAUGAGAGAGAGAAUAAAAUAAGGUGAGGGGAAAGGGAGAUGGAGGGAGGUUGGCUUGGCUGUGAGAGGGAGAGAGAAAAAGGGAGGAAUAAGGAGAGAGAGUUUCUCAUUUUGGGGUUAGCAUACCCUAUUAUGGCCUUUCCUUCCGUGUUGUGGUCUGUUUCUUCCUUGUUUCUCUGUACUGUACGAGUAAGAGCCUAGUCAGCUGGCUUUAAGGACAAAACACACCAUGCCGAUGAACGGUUAAAAGCAGCGGGUGGCUGUCCUAUCGCCUCUGACCACAGAACAUCGGCCGUCAUUUUAUUUUUAUUUCUCAACAAUUGUAGGCCUACGUGUUGACAAGACAUGCAUUCGGAAAGUGUUCAGACCCCUUGACUUUUCCCACAUUUUGUUACGUUACAGCCUUAUUCUAAAAUUGAUUAAAUUGUCCCCCCCCCCCCUCAUCAAUCUACACACAAUACCCCAUAAUGACAAAGCAAAAACAUCUUUUAAGGAUUUUUUGCAAAUGUAUAAAAAGUAAAUAACUGAAUAUCGCAUUUACAUAUGUUUUCAGACCCUUUACUCAGUACUUUGUUGAAGCAUCUUUGGCAGCGAUUACAGCCUUGAGUCUUAUUGGGUAUGACGCUACAAGCUUGGCACACCUGUAUUUGGGGAGUUUCUCCCAUUCUUCUCUGCAUACCCUCUCAAGCUCUGUCAGGUUGGAUGGGGAGCAUCGCUGCACAGAUAUUUUCAGGUCUCUCCAGAGAUGUUCGAUCGGGUUCAAGUCCGGGCUCUGGCUGGGCCACUCAAGGACAUUCAGAGACUUGUUUCCGAAGCCACGCCUGCGUUGUCUUGGCUGUGUGCUUAGGGUCGUUGUCUGUUGGAAUGUGAACCUUCGCCCCAGUCUGAGGUCCUGAGUGCUCUGGAGCAGGUUUUCAUCAAGGAUCUCUCUGUACUUUGCUCCGUUCAUCUUUCCCUCGAUCCUGACUAGUCUCCCAGUCCCUGAUGCUGAUAAACAUCCCCAAAGCAUGAUGCUGCCACCACCAUGCUUCACUGAUUGCUCAGUUUGGCGCAGCGACCAGCUCUAGGAAGAGUCUUGGUGGUUCCAAACUUCUUCGGGACCUUCAAUGCUGCAGACAUUUUUUGGUACCCUUCCCCAGAUCUGUGCCUCGAAACAAUCAUGUGUCGGAGCUCUAUGGACAAUUCCUUCGGCCUCAUGGCAUGGUUUUUGCUCUGACAUGCACUGUCAACUGUCGGACCUUAUAUAGACUGGUGUGUGCCUUUCUAAAUCAUGUCUAAUCAAUUAAAUUUACCACAGAUGGACUCCAAUCAAGUUGUAGAAACAUCUCAAGGAUGAUCAAUGGAAACCGGAUGCACCUGAGCUCAAUUUCGAGUCUCAUAGCAAAGGGUCUCUGAAUACUUUAGUAAAUGUGAUAUUUCCGUUUAUAUACAUUUGCUAAAAAAAACUGUUUUCACAUUGUCAUUAUGGGGUAUUGUGUGUAGAUUGAUGAGGAAAAACAUUUAUUUAAUCAAUUUUAGAAUAAGGCUGUAACGUAACAAAAUUUGGAAAAAGUCAAGGGGUGUGAAUACUUUCCGAAUGCACUUGUCCUUCAGUUAGCAGACUACAGGAAGAUGGAAGACUCACCGAAGGUUCGCGUAGGACUAGCAAGCAUUGAUCCAGUCGUUAGCGGCUGCGAGGUGAGACAUGGGCGGCGCACAUGGCCACGUUCCAAGGUAGGGAGAGAAGGCCGGCAGGGAUGUAGCCAGGUAGGCAUGGGUUGCAACUCCAGGUGUUGGGUUCGAAAAUAAGUACACUAACGGAAGUCGCUCUGGAAAAGAGCGUCAUGCUAAAUGACUAAAAUGUAGUAAAUGUAUAGCAUGUGGAAAAAGAUACGCAUUGUCAUAUGAAAAAAGUAAGAUACUCAUAGAAAAGACUCAAGUGAAAGUCACCAAGUAUAAAACUACUUGAGUAAAAGUAUUUUAAAUAUACUGUACUUAAGUAUCAAAAGUAAAUGUAAUUGCAAAAAUAUACUUAAGUAUCAAAAGUAAAAGUAUGAAUCAUUUCAAAUUGCCUAUAUGAAGCAAACCAUCUUUUUUUACGGAUAGCCAACACUCAGACAUAAUUUACAAACAACGCAUUUGUGUUUAGUGAGUCUGCCAGAUCAGAGGCAGUAGGGAUGACCAGGGAUGUUCUCUUGAUAAGUUAUGUCACACAAAAUUCCCUAAUCGUCAACAGCAUCAUUAGUCACUAGUACAGUCCUGAUCUAGGUCUUAACUUGAUCUCAUAGCUGCACCCCAGCCUCAUAACCAGUGACGAUUGCUCACCCUUUCUUUGAACCCUCUUCCCAGCCUCAUAUGUCUUCUAAGCUGAGAUCUCAGAGCAAUUUUAGCCUUUCCAUCAGAGUGCGCUCUGCAUAAUCAUGGAUCAUAUGGUCUACUGCUUUCCUCAAUGUUCAAGAUCAUAUGUGAAGUUGUAGACCUUGUAACUGAAUACCACGUGUAGAGGUACAGAUCCACACCUUGAGUUGAUCACUUACAGACAUGGUGGGGUGACGAAGUUACAGUAUUGAAAAGAAGAGCAUUGGUAACUUUUGGUGCCUGUAUGUGUGUGGUAGGCAAAGGUCAGUUGUAAGAGGUCUUCAAGUCUCCUCCGUUCUGUGGACUGUAACGUCUAAGGACAGCAGGCUACCGACCGAGAUCUGCUGGGGCUUGGUCUCCUGGCAACCAUCACCACAGAUAGCCUACUACAUUGACAACAGGAUAUCUGAUUCUAACUGUGAUGGAGGCAGGUGGUCUUAAUCACCCAUACUUAAUCAGGGAGGGAAACUAACCAGGUGCUCAGGUGUAUGUCUCCCUCAGUCAGGUCUAUCUGUGACAGGUUUGUGUAAUGUAAUGCACUGAAUAGUCCAUCAACCCCUACCUGUUCUGCUAGGAAUACACUCUUCUUUACGUACAGUUGGUGUUUAUUACAUGCUUAUUAUACACUGAUAUACAAAGGCAUGUGAACUAGAACUACACAUAGGGUUUAGACACAAGCAAGAAGAGAUAGACAGACAUAUUGUGCUCUAGCAUGUUAUGCAUUAACCACAAUCUCUCUUCCAAUCCCCCUCUUUUCUCUCCAGGGUUGUGAUCCCUGUUCCCAGACCCAGCGCAGUAAGCUGCAGCACCGUAGAGCUCGUAUCAACCAGCAGAUCAACAAGGAGAUGAGGAUGAGGGCCGGGGCUGAAAACCUCUUCAGGUGAGCUGGGGUGGGGGCAGGUGUCAGGGAAGGGACAGGUCAUUGUACAAGUUGUCGAAUGCUGUCUCUGAUCCUGUGUGUACACAGCUUUGGGGGGCAUCCACUCCCUCCCCUCCCCUGUGGUGGAAAAAGGAACCCCAAGCCAAACUACCUGUGGAAACAUUGAGCUCUAUCAUAUACAAACACUAGCAGAUGGAAAUAUCCAACUAUUUUAGGGUAUAUGGGGAACACCUCCAAAACACACACCACCCUGUUUUAUCACUCUGUUUGUGUCCCAUGGUGUGUGUGUGGGUUUUGUGUAUUGCCAGUCCGCAGGUUUGAUUCCUAUUAUUUUCUCCCCUCAUUUAAAAAAAAGUGUAUUUUGCCAGUUAGACAUGCAUAUCAAACACACACACACACACACACACACACACACACACACACACACACACACACACACACACACACUACUUGACCUGUGCUGAACUUGAACAGCUAGAAUACAGCCUGUUCUCAUUCUGUCUCCUUUAAAGUAAUUAGUAUUUUUCUUUCCAGUGGAAGAAAGAUAGGAAUAAAAGCUGGUGGCAGGACAUCAAAGCUGAGGUUUUUAAAGCACAUCAAACCAUCUUAGAGCAUUAUCAUCAUUUUGAUCCUUUCCCUCUCUGCCUUUUCUUCUCCCCUUCGCCCCCCCCCCCCCCCCCCCCCCCCCCCCCCCCCAACUCUUAUUUCAUCAAGUUUAUCCUACACUUAUUAGUAGUGUGGGAGCCACUGAAGGACAUGGUGUAUUGGAGUGGUCUGAGUGGUGGUGUAGAGUGGUAUGAUAGGACACUGUCUCUCUGUCUCUCUCUUUAACAUCCAUAUUCAUCUGAAAAGAGGAGGAGGAAGAGAGGAGGAGAAGAAGGACUUAAUUAAAGCAGUGUGCUUUCUUCUUCUGCUUUAGUGGUCUGUUUGGCUCAGUCAGGCUCUAAUAACAUAAACACCUAGAACAACAUCAAGCUAAUUGAAAGAAAACCAACCCUCCCCUGUGUGUGUGUGUGUGUGUGUGUGUGUGUGUGUGUCAACCCUCCCUUUUACUUGUAUUUUUAUUUUCUUGUCCGACGUAAUUAGGUUUUGAGAAAAGUUGGCAAGUGAAAUUAAGAAUAAGAUUAGUCGAGUCAGGGUUGACAGGGUUGAUUCAGGCUAGGACAUGAAUCACAUUGUCAUACUUCUGAAUUUGCAGCUUUGCCUGAUAGAGACCACCAUUAAAAAGGGAAGACUAGGGGAUGGGGGUAAUAACACCCACCAGCAACACCCAGCCCUUCCCUUCCCCCUUUUUUGGGACUAGGUCACAUAGACAAAUAGACCCCCAGUCAGCCACCAAUCAACAGGCUUUGUGUCCGGUCCCACUGCUGCAUCUUUCCCUUCCCAUUCCCAGGCAGAGAGAGAGCGAUUCCCAGGGAGGACAGCUGUCUGCAGGAAUAUAUAUAUAUAUAUAUAUAUAUAUAACACACACACACACACACGGAUGAUGAAUUGUUGUCAGUAAACUGGUUUGUGUUGGUAGGAGGUAGGGGGAGGAGGGGAAUGGAGUGACUGAGGCUAAUGAUGGGAGAACAGGGGGGGGUAUCUCAUUUAGGGCUAUCCCCGACUAAAACUUAAGUCUUAAGUCUGUUCUUUCGACUAAUCGAUUGGUCAAAAUCUUAAAAUGUGUAUUUUUCCAUAUAUAGACACACCCUGUGUUUGAAUAAAAUCAACUAUAUAUGCAUUGAGCUUGUCUGAUGCUUUAAGCUCACUGUUUGAUGAAAUAAGACACAAAUGACUCAAGAGGGAGCCAGAGAUCAAGAUAAUCAGAAGAAAAAAAACGUUACCUGUAUCGACCAUCCUCCUCCUGCUCCUACUGGCUUUCGCAGAUUUUGCCAUUACUCUUCUGAAGUUGCCGGUAAUACGCUACACAAGGAGUUGGCAGACUUUCUCAUAUGGAAUGCCAAUGUAUCUUAACAUUUCUACCGAUCUGCGUGCCAGUUAUGGUUUAAAUUUGCACAUUUUCGUGGAACAGUUUCAUUGAAUUUAUAAAAAUGUCUUCAUGUCUCAAUCAUUGUCAUGUGGUUAAUCAAAAUUCUAUCCAAAUCUAAAUGAAAUUGAUACUUUUUAAGUUUGUAACUUCUAUUGCCAUUGCCAACUAUGUAAAAAUAGCUUAGAAAGCCAACAAAUGAAAACAUUGCUGCCUGCAGGUAGAACAUCCUGAUAAAAAUAAAUACCCUAUAAAUGAUAUUGGCUACGCAUGGCCUGUCUGCAACAAACUUUAAACAUUGUAUCAACUAUUAACUUGGGUCCGGCCUGAAGCUCCUUGCAACAUUGUAUAACAUAUUAUGGGCACUCAGAGUUUCCGUGCCAGUGAGCUCGGGACAGACACAGCUGUAGGCUAUUUGCGCAAGGGAUAAGAAGUAAUCAGGUAGGCCUACUUUAUGACGUUUCCACUGGAUCAGAGCAUGACAUUUCCCUUUCACGCUGAGUGGUUAUCGAAAGGGAGAGAGCUGGAAAGGUUUUUCGAAUGCAUUGAGGAAUUGUUGUCAUUCACAAUGGAUGUAAAAACAGACUUCAUUUGGUUGCUGUUUGAGGUGAAAACAUUACUUUGAGAAGCUCCACAGCUCAUUAGUGGUGGUACAUUAAGCCAAUCAGAAAUACUAUCAGAUCCCCAAAUGGGCACAUUUUAUAUGCAGGCCAGGUAGCCUAUAGGCCUACUUCUAUGCGUGCGCGUCCUUACUCAACAUUGACAGGAGAGCUCCAAACAAAAGACAAUGACUAAAUUAACAAAACUCGUAAAUGGAAUGAAAUAAACAAAAAAUGAUUUCUCACAAGUCUGGCAUAGGUUGUGCGCUCUGCAAACAACAUGUCCACUCCGUCAAUGAGAACGGUAAAGGACUGGAAUAAUAAUAUAUUGAACGCAUUAACCGAAGUUAGCGUAACCAAUCAAGUGUAGAUUAGAAAUUAUAGGAAUGAGCGGUAAAUGUACUACUGGUGAUAUAUAUAAUUGGGAAUUAAUUGACACUAACAAUCAAACGCAAACAAUUCACACAAAGAAGUUAUUGAAACAAUUAAUGUGCACAAAUUGGCGGGAGAGAGCCCAUUCUGGAGAGAGACGUGCAUUGUUCAGCCACACUCCCCUUCUUGGACUGUGCCAUCCCCGCAGCAAUGGAUUAGUCUCGGCCUCCGCAAAGGAUUAGUUCACUGAGAUGGCCACGAAUAAGACAGGUGUCUCGUGUUCCAUAAUAUAUAUACAGUACCAGUCAAAAGUUUGGACACACAUUUUUACAUUUACAUUUUAGUCAUUUAGCAGACGCUCUUAUCCAGAGCGACUUACAGUUAGUGAGUGCAUACAUUUUCAUACUGGCCCCCCGUGGGAAAUGAACCCACAACCCUGGCGUUGCAAGCGCCAUGCUCUACCAACUGAGCUACAGGGGACUAAUCACACCUACUCAUUCAAGCGUUUUACUUUAUUUUUACUAUUUUCUACAUUGUAGAAUAAUAGUGAAGACAUCAAAACUAUGAAAUGACACAUAUGGAAUCAUGUAGUAACCAAAAAAGUGUUAAACAAAUCAAAAUAUAUUUUAUAUUUGAGAUUCUUCAAAGUAGCCACACUUUGCCUUGAUGACAGCUUUGCACACUCUUGGCAUUCUCUCAACCAGCUUCACCUGGAAUGCUUUUCCAACAGUCUUGAAGGAGUUCCCACAUAUGCUGAGCACUUGUUGGCUGUUUUUCCUUCACUCUGCCGUCCGACUCAUCCCAACAUCUCAAUUGGGUUGAGGUCGGGGGAUUGUGGAGGCCAGGUCAUCUGAUGCAGCACUCCAUUACUCUCCCUCUUGGUAAAAUAGCCCUUACACAGCCUGGAGGUGUGUUGGGUCAUUGUCCUGUUGAAAAACAAAUGAUAGUCCCACUAAGCCCAAAUCAGAUGGGAUGGCGUAUCGCUGCAGAAUGCUGUGGUAGCCAUGCUGGUUAAGUGUGCCUUGAAUUCAAAAUAAAUCACAGACAGUGUCACCAGCAAAGCACACCCACACCAUAACAUCUCCUCCUCCAUGCUUUACGGUGGGAAAUACACAUGCGGAGAUCAUCCGUUCACCCACACCGCAUCUCACAAAGCCAAUAGUAAAAAAAAAAAUACAAAUAAAGGAAAACCCUGGACUACUCAUUCCAGGGUUUUCCUUUAUUUUUACAUUUAUUUUUAUUUUUUACCUCAUCUCAUUAGAGCUUCUGAUUGGCUGAUGAACAUUUCAUUAUGUGCUGACAUGCUGGUGUAACAGGCCAGUGUGUUAUCUACCUUGGGAAAGGAAUUCUAGUGAGGGAGAAAGAGGGAGACAGUAACUAGUCUAAUCCUGUGGAGGAUGACAUCACUCAGUUCAUUACUGGAAAUGAGAGCAGUACAGGGGAUUUUAAUGGGGGUGGUAUGACCGUGACUUUGAACUGAAGUGAAGAGCACACACAGGCCCUGAUGUUUUUCCUAGAGUAAAAUAACAGUUUUAUGUGACUCACUCAACACAGACACACAUUAUACACUGGCGGUAUCAGACAGUUUAGUUUAACAGCAAUACUUGGAUGUUUCUUUUCCCUCUGUUGUAGAUCAUGCGUGCAAGCGAGUGUGUGUAUGUGUGUGUGUGUGUGUGUGAAGCCUUUAAAGCUAACUGUAAUCAGAUUGGCCUUGGCUUGUCCUAGAGAGAGAGAGGUGUAUGUUUGUGGGGUGAGGAGAGGAGGGUAUGAGGUCUGACGUCAGAUUAGCCUGUGUUGGGCAUGGGGAAAGGGGUCACAGAUGUGUGUGCUUGCUUGCAACGUGUGUUGUGUGUGAGGACGGAGGUUGUUUUAAAUGUUAUUGAUAACCUUAAAAUAGGGGACAAGUCUCCUGUAGUAAAUCAAAUCAAAUCAAAUUUUAUUGGCCACAUGCGCCGAAUACAACAGGUGCAGACAUUACAGUGAAAUGCUUACUUACAGCCCUUAACCAACAGUGCAUUUAUUUUUAAUAAAAAAGAGCAGAAGUAAAAUAAAAUAACAGUAGGGCGACUUUUUCUAAUCAUAGUCGCACACCUUAUGUAGCAUUUAUUUUUAAUAAAAAAGUAAAAUAAAACAACAACAAAAAAGUGCUGAGAAAAAAGAGCAGAAGUAAAAUAAAAUAACAGUAGGGAGGCUAUAUAUACAAGGGGGUACUGGUGCAGAGUCAAUGUGCGGGGGCACCGGCUAGUUGAGGUAGUUGAAGUAAUAUGUACAUGUGGGUAGAGUUAAAGUGACUAUGCAUAAAUAGCAGCAGCAGCGUAAAAAGAUGGGGUUGGGGGGCAGUGCAAAUAGUCCGGGUAGCCAUGAUUAGCUGUUCAGGAGUCUUAUGGCUUGGGGGUAGAAGCUGUUGAGAAGUCUUUUGGACCUAGACUUGGCACUCCGGUACCACUUGCCGUGCGGUAGCAGAGAGAACAGUCUAUGACUAGGGUGGCUGGAGUCUUUGACAAUUUUUGAGGGCCUUCCUCUGACACCGCCUGGUAUAGAGGUCCUGGAUGGCAGGAAGCUUGGCCCCAGUGAUGUACUGGGCCGUACGCACUACCCUCUGUAGUGCCUUGCGGUCGGAGGCCAAGCAGUUGCCAUACCAGGCGGUGAUGCAACCAGUCAGGAUGCUCUCGAUGGUGCAGCUGUAGAUUUUUUUGAGGAACUGAGGACCCAUGCAGAAUCUUUUCAGUCUCCUGAGGGGGAAUAGGCUUUGUCGUGCCCUCUUCACGACUGUCUUGGUGUGUUUGGACCAUGAUAGUUUGUUGGUGAUGUGGACACCAAGGAACUUGAAGCUCUCAACCUGUUCCACUACAGCCCCGUCGAUGAGAAUGGGGGCGUGUUCAGUCCUCUUUUUUUUUCUGCAGUCCACAAUCAUCUCCUUUGUCUUGGUCACGUUGAGGGAGAGGUUGUUAUCCUGGCACCACACGGCCAGGUCUCUGACCUCCUCCCUAUAGGCUGUCUCGUCGUUGUCGGUGAUCAGGCCUACCACUGUUGGGUCGUCGACAAACUUAAUGAUGGUGUUGGAGUCGUACCUGGCCAUGCAUUCAUGGGUGAACAGGGAGUACAGGAGGGAACUGAGCACGCACCCCUGAGGGGCCCCUGUGUUGAGGAUCAGUGUGGCAGAUGUGUUGUUACCUACCCUUACCACCUGGGGUGGUAUGUUUGUUGUGCUUGUCCUUGAAAGACUCACUCUUGUUGAUUCCUAAUACUCUUCUGGCAAAGGGAGUAGCUUUCUCAUCCAAGUUAAUCACAGAAUCGGGUUGAGUGGUGCCUCUUGACCCUUUGUGUAUGUCUGUAGGCCUACGUGUGUGUGUGUGUGUGUGUGUGUGUUACAUGAAGGUGUGUAUUGGGGCAGCACCUACUCUUCCAGGGUUCCAGCAAAAUUAAGGCAGGUAUACAAUUUGAAAAAACAUUACAAUACCUUCACAGAUUUCACAACACACUGUGUGCCCUUCUCCACCACUACCACAUAUCUACAACACAAAAUCCAUGCAUGUGUAUAGUGUGUAUGUUAUCGUGUGUGUAUGCAUGUGUCUGUGCCUAUGUAUGCGUUGCUUCACAGUCCCCGCUGUUCCAUAAGGUGUAUUUUUAUCUGUUUUUUUUUUCAAUCUAAUUUUACUGCUUGCAUCAGUUACUUGAUGUGGAAUAGAGUUCCAUGUAGUCAUGGCUCUUUUAGUACUGUGCGCCUCCCAUAGUCUGUUCUGGACUUGGGGACUGUGAAGAGACCUCUUGUGGCAUGUCUUGUGGGGUAUGCAUUGGUGUCCGAGCUGUGCGCCAAACAGACAGCUCGGUGCAUUCAACAUGUCAAUACCUCUCAUAAAUACAAGUAGUGAUGAAGUCAAUCUCUCCUCCACUUUGAGCCAGGAGAGAUUGACAUGCAUAUUAUUAAUGUUCGCUCUUUGUUUUUCAUCCAAGGGCCAGCCGUGCUGCCCUGUUCUGAGCCAAUUGCAAUUUUCCUAAGUCCCUUUUUGUGGCACCUGACCACACGACUGAACAGUAGUACAGGUGUGUCAAAACUAGGGCCUGUAGGACCUGCCUUGUUGAUAGUGCUGUUAAGAAGGUAGAGCAGCGCUUUAUUAUGGACAGACUUAUCCCCAUCCUAGCUACUGUUGUAUCAAUAUGUUUUGACCAUGACAGUUUACAAUCCAUGGUUACUCCAAGCACUUGAAUCACCUCAACUUGCUCAAUUUCCACAUUAUUUAUUACAAUAUUUAGUUGAGGUUUAGGGUUUAGUGAAUGAUUUGUCCCAAAUACAAUGCUUUUAGUUUUAGAAAUAUUUAGGACUAACUUAUUCCUUGCCACCCACUCUGAAACUAACUGCAGCUCUUUGUUAAGUGUUGCAGUCAUUUAAUUUGCUGUAGGCUUAAAUUGAAAAUAUAGCAAAUAGGUGUGAUGGGUGAUUUGAAGGAGUCAGGCGCAGGAGGGUAAAUCACAGAAUAACAGGACUUAUUCCGGAAUACAGUGUACGCAGUAAAGCGUAAAAACAGUCCAGUUCACAAAACAGGCGCACUGGAACCAACAAGGUAACACAGGGAAAAUAACCCUGGCAAGGAGCUCCACCGAGCUUCACUAUGCUCUAAAUAAACAAACACACACAAAAACAAGGGGGCAGAGGGAACACUUAUACAGGUACUGAUGAGGGGAUAUGAACCAGAUGUGUGUAAUAAACAAGACAAAACAAAUGGAAUGAUGAGAUGAGGAGCGGCAGUGGCUAGAAGGCCUGGUGACGACGAAUGCCGAAGCCUGCCCUGAACAAGGAGAGGAGGCAGCCUCGGAGGAAGUCGUGACAAUAAGAGUGGCAAUAUCGUCUGCUAUUAUUGACUUGUGAUUGUGUGUGUGUGUGUGUGAUUUUUGUGCAUGAUGUGUUUGUGCUUGCCUGCAAGACGUGUGUGUGUGUGUGUGUAGUGUGCUGUGUUAUCAGGCCCAAACUGCUCGGGGAUCCAGACAGUGUCCAUUAUUGCAUUACCAGGAGAAUUACCCAGGAUUCCUGUGACAUGGUGAGAUUGUCAGUUACCGUGACAACUAAGUGACGCAUCAGAGUCAGAGGAACGUUCUAAGAUGGGUGGGUUGUUUACAUCAGAACAUCCACAGCAAUGGAAGCUUUAGUCACCGAACACACUGCUGCCCUUUAUCUAGAGUGAAGUGGAGCGAAAGUGAUAAAGGGUAUAAGGAAAACAGGAGGUAGAGGGAGAAUGUGUGCGUAAGAGAGAACUAUGUCGAGCCGGAUUGAGCUGGAUAAAGGUCACAUAAGGUGACAAUGAUGAAAGACUCAUGGUGUAGUUAGUACAUCCUCCUAUUCUAUGGGCCUGUGUAAUGCAUAUACAGGAUGUUUGUAUGUUUUGCAGGUAGGGUGUUUGUGUGUCUCAUAUGAAUGUGUUUGUGUGUUGCAGAGCCACCACUAACAACAAGGUGAAGGAGACUGUGGCUCUAGAGCUGAGCUUUGUCAACUCCAACCUGCAGCUACUGAAGGAAGAACUAGAGGAACUCAACAGCAAUAUGGAGGUCUACCAGACAGAGAGGUAACACAUACAGUACACACACACACACACCAUCAUGGUGGAGGGUGUGGACACUCAAUGCGCUGAUGACCUAUUUGCUUUAAUUAUAGCUUAAUGAGAGUGGCCUGGAAUGCUAGUAAUGAGGCGCUAGUAAUCCAGCCCAGCUGAAGCUCAGGGUCACAAGUGGUGCAAAUCCUUUGAUUUAGACUCUCAUUACAGUUUUUUUUCAGUCGCUUUGGUGCAAUUUUCACAACUCUUAGUACAAAACUCAAAACAGAUCAUCAAAAAGGUAGUUGUUUCAAAACUCUAAGCACAUUUUCAAUUAACCAAGUACAACACACAAAAUCAUACAGUCACUUUUUCACCAAACUUAAUCAGUGUUUCAUGUAAAUUAAUAGAUGACAUUCACUGCUAUAAACCUGUCUCCAAUAUAAUCGCAUAAUUUACACAGACCCACCGCAUCCCACGGUCUGUUUUGUCAACGAGCUCAAUGUAUUCCAAAUACUUGUGGUAACCAGAUGAUCCCAAUAAUUUAGGUAGCCUAUUAAAUGAUGCCCCCUCUGGUAUGAUCUAUUGCGAACUGUCUGGGACUCGUUGUUGGCUUGCUCUUUACUACGCAAAGAUAUUUGACUUAUUAAGUCAAAGACGAAAUGAACUGCAAUACACUGAUCUCAAAUAUAUUUGCAUACUAGGCUACACAGAACCACUGCGGACCCAUUGUGUAAAAUCUGAGUAUUUUCGCUGUAUUAAAGUGUGUCCCAGUGCAACAUGCCUAGCUGUGCCCACUGGGGCGAGGCUUACGGAGCGCUCUUUGAAAUAAGUGCUAGUAUCGCAGUAUUCCAACGGAUCAAGUUAUCUCACCACACCUGUGGGGUAGGUAGGAAAUACUUUUUAACUUAUGAUAUCUACCAGUAAAUGCUAACUAAGACAAAAAUUGGGUAUGCAAACCAGGUAUUGAAAAAGUUUUGUCUGAAGUCUUUGUUAGUAGGCGAUUUGCGAUGGGCAAUUCAGUCAUCAUGCACAGUUUGCAUGAACAGUUUCUAAAGGCUUUCCCAAAAAAAACCUUCACAAUUAAAUGUUUACUGCAAAGUAGACCUACCUGACAGAAUGAUAUCAUGCUGAUUUGUAUCAAUGGGGAGGGCUUUAAGCAUUGUUGUGCUUAGAACAUCCCAUUUAUGUCUAUUUUUGAUUUUAAAAAAUGUGAUUUUGAGAGUGAAAAUCUGAAAAAUAUAUAGGAAAACUCAUAGAAAAACAGGAAAACAGGAUUUUUCACACAGGGCACCUUUCCUUAGCCGGGGGCCAUUUGGGAAUUUUUGCCAAAAUGUAACUCUACCCGCUUCUCCAGGCACCACUACACCACUGCAUAGGGCAGAUGGAAGUCACACGCAGCAUGAUGUUCAAGGAUAAGCAGUCCAUUCACUUGGACAUAAUAAGCCAGUAAGUCCCAAUCAGAAGAAUACAAAAACACAACCAUUAGGCUAAGCAUUUCCCAAUUGACAUGUACAAUUGUUACUUCCCAUUGCAAAACACAUUUAACGUUUAGCACACAGAGUAACGGGUGAUCUAAAGUUUAAAUGCCACAAUGUUUCAGUUAUAUGUUUCAGUUAUUUUGAAAGAGAUGAUCUAACAACUGCAAGUGAGCUGCAAUAAAAAACACAGUUCCACUCACCAGAUCAUUUGAAACUUAACUUCUUGUUGAAAGUUAUUCUUGAAAAGGGAGAAGCUAACAAUUUAGCAACAACAUCCUCUUCGAUAAGCCAAAAAUAGUGAUCAUUCGAUUGCUAAAACAUUGAAAAUAUUCCAUUGUCUUGUCAGGUCCACAUUUUGUAAACAUCAAUAGAAAAAUAGGAAAUUACUAUGAAAUAAUAAAAUAUUUCAAUUGUGUAUAGUUGACUUUAUUAUUUUUAAUGCCAUCAUCGCAUCUCUGCUCAGGCAGUAGCAGCAAGCCAGACAGACAAUGUAAUCUAUGUGCUCACCAUACUGUACACUCUUUAGGCAUCCUAUUUAUCUAGGCUAGCCUGCCUAAGUAUGCUGCAGAGCUGUCUGAUCGCAAUCAUUUGACUAGCUCUUCAAAGUACACUAUAUAUACAAAUGUAUGUGGACACCCCUUCAAAUUAGUGGAUUCUGCUAUUUCAGCUACACCCGUUGCACACAGCCAUGCAAUCUCCAUAGACAAACAUUGGCAGUAGAAUGGCCUAACUGAAGAGCUCAGUGACUUUCAAUGUGGCACCGUUAUAGGAUGCCACCUAUCCAACAAGUCAGUUUGUCAAAUUUCUGCCCUGCUAGAGCUGCCCCGGUCAACUGUAAGUGCCGUUAUUGUGAAGUGGAAAUGUCUAGGAGAAACAACGGCUCAGCCACGAAGUUGUUGUUCACACAAGAACACAGAACGGGACCGCUGAGUGCUGAAGCGUGUAAAAAAUAAUCUGUCCUCGGUUGCAACACUUACUACCGAGUUCCAAACUGCCUCUGGAUGCAACGUCAGCACAAGAACUGUCCGCCAUUGGACUCUGGAACAGUGGAAACACAUUCUCUGGAGUGAUGAAUCACGCUUGACCAUCUGGCAGUCCGCAGGAGGAAUCUGGGUUUGGCGGAUGCCAGGAGAAUUCUAUCUUCCCCAAUGCAUAGUGCCAACUGUAAAGUUUGCUGGAGGAGGAGUAAUGGUCUGGUGCUGUUUUUCAUGGUCUAGUUUAGGCCCCUUAGUUCCAGUGAAGGGAAAUAUUUACGCUACAGCAUACAAUGACGUUCUAGACGAUUCUAUGCUUCCAACUUUGUGGCAACAGUUUGGGGAAGGCCCUUUCCUGUUUCAGCAUGACAAUACCCCCUUGCACAAAGCGAGGUCCAUACAGAAAUGGUUUGUCGAGAUCAAUGUGGAAGAAAUUAACUGGCCUGCACAGAGGCCUGACCUCAACCCCAUUGAACAUCUUUGGGAUGAAUUGGAAUGCCGACUAGGGAGCCAGGCCUAAUCGCCCAACAUCAGUCAAUGCCCGACCUCACUAAUGCUCUUAUGGCUGAACUGAAGUCCCUGCAGCAAUAUUCCAACAUCUAGUGAAAAGCCUUCCCAGAAAAGUGGAGUGUUACCUGUUUUGAGUUUUGUACUAAGAGGAAAAAAAUUCACCACAUUCUUGUGAAAAUAGUACCAAAGUGAUAAUAAAAACUGUAAUUAACAGGCAGGGGGGUGGAGGGGUGAUGUGCUACUGACCAAAAUGGUUACUGUCAUAAUAGGGAUGGGGUGGGGGGAGGCAGAUAGCAAAGCAGAUGUGGAUGUAUGUGACAUGUCAUUCACACAUAUAUUGAUCUCUCUUCUCUCUCCUUCAGUGAAGCCAUCAAUGUUCCCAUGAUCCCACUCGGUCUGAAGGAGACCAAGGAAGUGGACCUCACUGUCCCUCUCAAGGUCAGGAGAAAAAUAUGCCUCUCUCUCUCAUAUGCCUCUUUCUCUCAUAUGCCUUCUUUCUUUCUUUCUUUCUUUCUUUCUUUCUUUCUUUCUUUCUUUCUUUUCUUUCUUUCCUUUCUUUCUUUCUUUCUUCUUUCUUUCUUUCUUUCUUUCUUUCUUUCUUUCUUUCUUUCUUUCUUUCUUCUUUCUUUCUUUCUUUCUUCUUUCUUUCUUUCUUCUUUCUUUCUUCUUUCUUUCUUUCUUUCUCUUCUUUCUUUCUUUCUUUCCUUUUCUUUCUUCUUUCUUUCUUUCUUUCUUUCUUUCUUUCUUUCUUUCUGUUUGUUGAAAGUGACCGAUCUUGUCCUCUUCUCUCUCAGGACUAUAUCUGUGAGCACUACGGGGAGGACAGCUCGCUGUUUGAGAAGGAGAUCAAUGAGUUUAUGGAGCUCAGACAGGUUAGAACUAAAGUCAACUGCUCUUAA